AUGAAAAAAUCACUCCAACAUCUCCGUGGAGGUACUGUCUUAUAACGUUCGCAUAGAGUUAACGCUCAAUUUCUGCACGUGGAGUUAAAAUUAGUAACAUUCGGGGGAAAGUUGUGUUUUUGAUUUUUAUCAUCCGUGUCGUGCGAAAGGUGGAAUUAGUGAUGUAUUGGUGAUAAUUAGUGAUAAUUGAAGACAUACGAAACUACUUUGAUAAUUUGUGUUUACAUUUUUUUUUUCAUGUAAAUCUGAAUUUAAGCUAGGACAAUAGUUUUUGAAUAUAAGCGUCAUAAAUUUGAACAAACUUAAAAUUAAGAAACAUUUAAGCAGUUUUUAGAAGUAUGAUUCCGGACCAUACUCUCCAGAUGGACAAGAAGGAAUCGGACACAAAUUCCGGUAUGGAAAACACGCCACCGUUACCACAUUUGACCAAACACCAAUAUCUGAACGAACAUCACCCCACCCACCAGCAAUUACAACAGUUCGCUUCAUUUGCGCAUCAACAUUUGGACUUUUCAAUAAAACAAGAGCAUACCGAAUAUAGCCUUAGUGACGAAAGUGAUAACCAGUCUCUCAAAGGACGAACACAACCAAAGAAGCGGAAGUUCAGCAGACGAAGUGACAGUGUUGAAAAUGUGUCGUCCCCAGACGGUUCAAUGGACGGAAGUGAAAAUGGGUCGAAAAAGAGGCGGAAAGGUCCCCAGUCUUUGGAAGAUCUGCAAACACAAAGAUGCAUGGCAAACGUCCGGGAGCGACAACGUACUCAGAGUCUUAACGACGCUUUCACCCAGCUACGAACAAUCAUUCCAACACUUCCGUCUGACAAGCUUAGCAAAAUACAAACUCUUAAAUUAGCGACAAGAUAUAUUGACUUCUUAUAUCAAGUGUUAAGAAACGAUGACAUUCUUAGUGACUCUAAGAUGUCCAGUUGUAACUAUGUUGCCAAUGAAAGACUCAGUUAUGCUUUCUCUGUGUGGAGAAUGGAAGGGGCCUGGUCACUGCCAACUCACUGACAGCACGUGCGGCCAUGACGUCAUCUUAUUUAUUCAUAUCAAAUGAGUGUAUAUACAGGAAAGACGAAAAGACCGAAGGAUGCAAGGACCUUUCGGUUCAUACAAAACACGAAAUGAAACCUGGCGUAUCGGAACCGUUGACUGUAUACGAUUGUGACUGUCCCAGUUGUUCUUUGGUAGCAGACGACAAGAUCGUUCACAAUCUCUGACACUCACAACUGUUGCACGCCAAUAAACGGUGUCGAGCGUGUUAUCUACGAUCUGUGAUGGAAACACUUACAAUCAACGCCACUAAAUGUAAUCUUGUAAAUAUCUACAAAAAGUGCCAUUCUGCGAGAAAGAAGAACAUUGUAUUGACGUUAAUGGGUGCACAGUUUUGACCACUUUUGUUACACGCAAACGGUCAUUUUGCACUUGUGUUUGCGGGCACAGUGACCCUGUAAGAUUAUCAAAGUUUGACCCUCUGUUGUAACCUGAUCGGCCACAUGACUGAAAAAAAAAUCUUUACCCCCCAGGAGACAAUAAGUAAAAUGUGAAAAACAGUGUUUAUGUAUUAACAUGGGACAUGUAGAUAUUCCUGAUAAUCAGACUGGCAUCCUGUCUGCGUGUCGGCGCGAUCUUGUGAAAUUGUAAAAUCAGUCUACCACCAGUAGCGUUAGCUCAACAUGACCACAGCUGGAGAAACAGUGUGCCUUAUUUCUGUUGGAUGGCGGGUAUAAUAUCUGUACGAAACAAAUUGGUCAUAUCGUUAUCGUCACUAUCUUUUAUGUUUGUAGGAUAUUCUAUUUAUACACAUCGAUAUUAAAAUGAUAAGUGAAUUUAUUCACCAGUACGUUCUAUUAACGUAUAAAUAAAUUAGGGUCAACGUACAAAUUCCAAACACCAGGGCAUUGAAUAUAUUAUUGUUCCUAAAACAUUAUUAAUAUUUCUUUGUUUUUACUAACCAAAUCAUUCUUUAUUUUCUGCUUAAUUGUUUCAUGAUAUUUCUUUAUCAAUAUAAAUUAUAAUGUAUAAACGUUGCACUCAAGAAAUAUUAUGUUAUAUUAAGAAAAUAGGCAAUACUUAUUGCGCACUAAUAAUGUUUAAAUUCUAUAAGAAAUUCAUGUACAUUAAUUUUGUAUAUUAACGAAUAAUACAUUGUAUUAAUAUAAAUAACUUUCCGUUACACUAAAGGCUUGUAUUUAAAAUUCCGUUUUAAAUUCACGAUAUUGCCAAUUUACCUAUUCUCGUACUAUAGAAUAUGAAAACAACUUGUUACUAAAAUCGUGACUUUUAAGUAAAUUUAUUUAACGAAAUGAAUAUGCAAUAAUUUAACAUAUUUUACAAAUAGAAAGAAUUCAUCUUACAUUUUUCCGUCCAGUAUAGAAUAAUGAUGCGCAGAAAUGCGAAACAAAGCACUUGAAUUGUUGAAUUAAUGCUAAAUUAAUAUGGAAUCCGAUUUAUUUUCACGGUAGGCAGAAAGUUGUACGUGGAUCGUAUUGAACCGUGUCCCCAUGCAGUAAUCUUGAUUUAAUCUUAAUUCUUCGUCUUUGGUUAGAAAUUACAUGAGUGAGUACUUCAAAUCAGCCAUAAAGAUUAUGCCUUUGAGGUCAAUUCUAUUUAAAACUCUUUAAAACAUUGUGUGUUCUGAUAUAUUUAGGCUACCAAGAACCUGAAAAAUAAAAGUUUUCAUAAGAGCAAACUUACAAGGGGAAGAAAAUUCAAAGAAGAACUAGUAUUUGAAUUAUUUAUAAUUAUAUUCAGGAAUUUAAAGCCAAUAUAUUUAUUUACAUUAUUUUCAUUAUUUCAAAACUUUCGCCAUACGACAACAAAUUGAAGUUUAUGUUUGCAAUGUAAGUUUUUUAGAAGAUAUAUUAUUAAAACAAAAUAUCUACAAAGUCGCAAAUGAUAAAACAAGAACAAUGGAUGAAAAACUCCAACAACUCUUUUAUUGUGGUUUAUCUAUAUAAUAAUUUACAUACUUUUUAACUUUAUUCAAAAGCCCAUAAACUAUUUCUUUAAUUGCUCAAAAGCUUUUAUUUUUGUCUAAUCUAAUUUGUCAUAUGUCUAUAGCUGACCCAUCAUUUGCUUUAUUAUCAGUAAAGUAAUAGUAAUUAUUUAGAUACUUUGUUCGGUGUCGGAACACAAAAAUACCGCUUUGUUUACGUUUUGCUACUUUAUGACAAAUCAUUUUGCAUCCAAGUCUGCUUUCUGCACGUGAGAAGCACUUAACAUGCUUUAAAUCUAACAUGAAACAUUAUGAAACCUAAGUUUGUCAUCUUUUCGGAGGGAAAAUCGUAUUACUUUUUUAUAGGAUAAUACAGUUGUAGAUACUGUAACUGAACGCAAAAAGUAAAACAAACAGGCACCUCAUUACUGUUGUAGCUCAUAUACUAAUUUUCCUCCAAAAAAAACUGUUUUGUUUAUGAGUUUGUUCAUGACAAUCCAGAUCUCCUUUUUUGUAAUAUAUUUUUCCUAUAUCUCACUCACAGUUUGACGCCCAUUAACUAUACUGUAUUAUUCAUAUAUAUAUGACAGAAAUAUUAAUAUGAUGUCAAUAUUUUCUUGUCCAAAAAAACUGCCAUUCAUUUAUAAACAGACCUCAAACGUAUUGUCUGCUGCCUGCCAAAACUCUACAAAUGUUUGUAUUAUUACACUGUUAACAGUUAAAACAGUUGUUAGGAAUUCAAAUGACACCUCUUUGAUGAGCAACAGGCCUAUUUUCACUAAUGCAUUGUUAAUUUAUAUUUUCUUCAGCAUACAUUUGAUACUCAACAGAGCUAACCCCCUCUCAAGAAAUCAAAUAUCAUAUUAUAACAUAGCUAACUGUCUAAGCUACCGAGUAAUUGACGGUGUUUAAAAUUAACAUAUUUUCAUUUUCUCAAUGAAUUAAGCGGCUCGACAUAUAAUGUCAUGGGCGGCCAUUUCUGUUUCCUUUAAUUAUAUUAACUAAUGGACAUUUACUUAACAGACGCAUUUUCAACAUUGCUACGAGUUUCAAGACAAAGUGAAAAGCACGCAUAUUCCCCGUAUCCCAAAAAGUUUGACCUCCCAUAAAAAUUAUACCGCAUUUAUUUUAAAAAGGACAUGCUAAAAGAACGGCAUGCCUCCCAUUUGUAAAAUGUAACUGAACAGUUUUGUGUCGGCGUUUGUUAAUUACUUAUUGUAGGUUUUAAUUACGCAAAAUAUUAAUAA